AUGGCCUCGCAGCCACCCGCCAUCCUCUCCCUUCACGACACGGUUCUCCUUCCCGGCACCGACACGGCCAUCCCGCGCCUCGGCUUCGGCGUCUACCAGACGCCGCGCCCGGCCUGCACACAGGCCUGCCUCUCCGCCCUCGCAGUCGGCUACCGCCACCUCGACUCGGCGCAGCUCUACGCCAACGAAACGGAAGUCGGCAACGCCCUCCGGGCCUCUGGCCUCCCCCGCUCCGCCGUCUUCCUGACGACCAAGAUCCAUCGCAAGGACGGCAGCGCCGCGCGCACGCUGCGCUCCGUCCGCGAGAGCGUGCGCCGCAUGACAGGUAGCGGCGGCGGCGGCGGGACGGCCCCCUACGUCGACCUGUUCCUCGUGCACCGGCCGUGCCGCGAGCGGCGGGCGCUGUGGCGGGCGCUGGAGUCGGUACGGGGUGAGGGGGCGGCGCGGGCGGUCGGGGUGAGCAACUUUGGGAUCGAGCAGCUUGAGGAGAUGAGGUCGUAUGCGGGGCGCUGGCCGCCGAGCGUGAACCAGAUCGAGCUUCACCCGUGGUGCCAGCAGCGCGCGCUCGUCGCCGACUGCGAACGACACGGCAUCGUGAUCCAGGCCUGGAGCCCCCUCGUGCGCGGGACGAAAAUGGCAGACCCGACGCUGCGCGGACUCGGCGAGAAGCACGGCAAGACGGCGGCGCAGGUGCUGGUGCGGUACAGCCUGCAGAAGGGAUGGGUGCCGUUGGUCAAGAGUACGUCUGAGGCGCGGAUGAGAGAGAAUGCCGACGUGUUUGACUUUGCGCUCGAGGAGGAGGACAUGAAAAUGCUCGACGGGCUGGAUCAGGGCAAGGAGGGCUCUCUCUGCCCGCAUCUCAUCCAUUAA